AUGGCUUCCGAGGCGGGCCACCCGCUCAAGGCUUUCCUGCAGCUGCAGCUGGCGUCCGACUCGUCUGCUGUCCUGCACCUGCCCUCUGUCUUCAGCGCCCUCUCCCCCGACUCCUUUUCCCCCUCGCCGCAUCUGCAAAAAUGGACCGCUCGCGUCAAUUCCUUGGUACACGCGCAGGAUUUCGGUGCUCGCUGGGCCGGACUCUGUCUCGCGUACAGGACAGCCGUUCUGUCCAAGCCGGUGAUGCUGGAAUGUGCGCAUAGCUGGAUCGGAGCUGCUUUACCUAUGCUUUCAAAAAAUGAACCGUUGCCCAACUUGAAAGCUGCCAUCAGGCUGCUGAGGUAUAUAUUCUCAGGUGCUACCGACACACCGGAAUUCCAGAGGCAGUUGGUCACGCCCAAUAUCCCAAAAUAUAGCCAGGCCAUCAUUGCCCUGGCGGAAAAGCAGGACGAUGCAGUUCUAAAGAUCCUGGCGUUGAACACGUUGACAAUGCUUGUACCACUGUAUCCCACUUUGCACAAAGCCCUGCACGGCUCCCUGUCUUCCUUGACCCUUCGUUUUCUGAACGGAACGGCACCGACUCCACUAUCAAGUGACCUCGUAAAGGCAGCAUCGCGCCUAUAUGCCGUUCUGCACUAUACCGGAGGCAAGGUCGGCGCCGCCGGUCAAUGGCGAAAGUCGCUAGACGAUACACUGGCUUUCACUUGGAGUGCUUUGAACAGAUUAUUGUCCACAUUCUCGAAUAGCGCCAUGCUCAGCUACACGCAAGACGAACAGGUCUCCGGGCCGAUCGACCAAUCGCUCCGCGCCGUAGAAAAUUCCGCUAUCCCCCUUGUCUGGUCUCUGGGAUGCGACCUUUUGGUGUCCUUCGUGAACUGGUAA